AUGGAGAAAGAAUUAAAAGUGAAACCAGCAGGUGUUCGGUCUCCUUUAGCUUGUAUGGAGCUUGCUAUAAUGGCAACUUUCUCCAUUUUGCUGGUGCUGUGUUCAUUUGAAGAUAUAUUUGACCUCAAUUAUUUCAUUUUAUCCUUGAGAGACGAGGUUCGGAUACUGAAAGAGCUGCCUCAAAAAGAGAAAAGGCUCGUUGAAUCAGAAUCGGUGUACUGCAUGUAUCCUAUUAGUUUUGCCAGCAUGAAAUAUUACUAUGACAAGGUUCUUCCUCGCAUAAAGGCCCAUCAAGUCGUGCGUUUCACUCUGGCUGAUGCCAGGCUUGCUAAUAAUGGUCUACCUGAUGAGGUUCAAAAACUGCGGUGUCGAGCAUAUUACAACGCAAUGAGAUUUACACAAGAAAUUGAAGAGAUGGGUCAAAAGAUUGUUAGCAUUCUAAGGCAAAUAGGUCCUUUCUUGGUUCUUCAUCUCAGAUAUGAAAAAGACAUGAUUGCAUUCACAGGUUGCACAGAAGGGUUCACCAAAGAAGAGAGUAAAGAGUUGACAAAGAUGAGAUAUUCAUUCGCAGGAUGGAAACAUUACCCAAUUGAUUCUAAGAGAAGAAGGCAAUUCGGUUCAUGCCCUUUGACUCCGGAGGAAACAGCCCUUUCAUUGCAAGCUCUAGGCAUUGACAGUAACAUGACAAUUUACAUCGCUGCUGGAAAUAUUUAUGCAACCGAAAAGAGAAUGGCAGUACUGAAAUCAGCUUAUCCCAAGAUGCUUAGGAAGGAGACUCUACUGGAACCCUCAGACCUUAAACCCUUCCAGAAUUAUUCAAAUCAGAUGGCAGCAUUGGAUUAUAUAGUGGCGUUGAAAAGUGACAUUUUUGUCCCUACUUUUGGAGGAAAUAUGGCAAGGGCUGUUGAAGGCCAUAGACGAUACUUGGGAUUCAGGAAAACAAUACUUCUGGAUAGGAUGAUUGCAGUGAAUCUGAUAGAUCUUCACCGGAACAGAACACUGAGCUGGAAGGAUCUCUCAGAAAAAAUGAAGGCAGCUCAUGCAGAAAAAAUGGGGCAACCAACAAGAAGAAUAGAGAAACCAAACCAACCAAGAUACGAGGAUUAUUUCUAUUCUAAUCCACAUGAAUGUUUGACGCAACUUGCAGAACCACCUAGCACAUAA